AACACCAAACUGCUGCAACUUACAUCCAACAUGAAGCUGCUGCUGACUGUCUGUCUGACCUGCACUCUGCUUUACACAGCUGAGUCCCUGCGCUGCCAUGUGUGUGACAAUGAGCAAUGUACCAACACCACCUCAGUCGAAUGUCCUGCCACGAGUAUAGUGUGCAAAACUGUCACUUCAGUGACCAAUACAAUCGCUAAACUGACGGUGAAUAAAAACUGUUCAUCGCUGGUGUCCUGCUUCACUCCUCUGCAACUUGAAACUGAAUGGUCUGUGAACAGAGGUUUUAAGAAAGAAGCCCACAACCAGCUUUGCUGUGUUACUGACAACUGCAACUUCCAGACACUGGCCAUUCCCAAUCCUUCAGAGAAUGGGAAGCAAUGUCCUUCGUGUGCAAGCUCAGCUGACAGCCUAGCGGGGACCUGCAAUGCCACUCUGUCCUGUGCUGGAGUCGAGAACAGUUGCUUCAAUGGCACCACAACGUCAAACUCCAAAGAGGUGUUGGAGCUUGGCUGUGUGUCCAGAAACCUUUGCACAUUGCAGGUCGCUCAUGAAGCUCUGUUUGGUUCAAACGCCAUGAUCGUUUGUGGAGCACCGUGGAGUGUCAGGAUCAGCGCUGUGCUGCUGACCUUGGCUCUCACAGCACAUAAAGUCCUUGUUUAGAUCAUACAGAUACUGAGAAAUUAUUUUUGUAAAAGUACAUAGCGUUAGAAUACUCAAGUAUUUCAUAGCAGUGUAACAAUGACAUAUCUGAACAGAUCAAGUAACACCCAUGUACACACAGAUAACAUUUUGCACAACAGGCACACACGUGCACACAUACAGAUGCAAUCAUACGGAUAUAAAGUCAUAGACUUGAAGGCUUGAAGAAGUGGUUAUUGAAUGGAGCGGUAAUGACAUAUUGCAGGCCAAACACAAAGACAUUUUUAGUUAUACUUUUAUGGCAAUAAAUUAUUCAGUACAACCACAAAAUGUCCAAUACAUGUGUCUGUCUUUGUAUUUUAUACACAAACAGAAGAAAAGAAAAGAAGGGGAAGGGGGUGUUGGCUUAAGAUAUUGUUAUCACCUGGAAGAAAAUGAGAGACUUUCUUCUACAGCAGUCUGACAACCAUUGACUGCUGCACUAAUUAGAACAGUUCUCUCACACUUCACAGAUCAGCUACCUACCUAUUAUUCUGAUCUGUCGUGACUUUGUCUUUCAAUGUGUUCCUUAUGACAUUUAAUAUAAUUCACAAUUUAAAGUAUCACACAUUAUUGGGGCGGUAGGUGCAUUUUGUCAGUCAUUUUGAGGGAGACACAGAUUCCCUCCCUUGCUUUUUGCGUCCUAAAUACUGCUCAGUCAGAAAUACAUCAUUUUAUAAUAAAAUGUUGUACGACUAUCAAAUUAAGUAGUCUUUGUGUGUUGAAUGUGCUAGGAGGAUGAGGGUUGAAAACACAAUCUCUCCUAAGCACCAUAUUUUGUGACUUUUUGUAAAUUUUCUUUUAACUGUUAAUUUUGCCUUUUAGGUUGAUACUCCACAACCAGGCCCAUUUCUAUGCAGUUGCAUAGGGCCCCCAAAGCCACCAGGGGGCCCCAAGCUGCCAAUUUAUCUAUAGAUGGUAGGCUAUAAUACAGUCUGUUAUUUAUUUAUUAAUUUUAAGAAAUUAAAAUUACUGGUCUCUUUUGGUAGCCAAGCACCCUCAUGUAAAUUGUGUCUAAUAGUUAAUUUAUAAUAACUAAUCUAAACUAACUAAAUCUUCAGUUAUAGAGGAGAAUCAGUAACUUUAAAAGCUGAAUUUGAUCCUUAACUGAAUAAACUGAAGCUCCUAAUGUUGCUUCUGUCCUUACAGUCAAUAUUUUGAAUCAAUGUUCAAGGCCAAAACGUUCCCUUAAUCCUGCAAAUUAAAGGAACAUUUUGGCCUCAAAUUACAAGAUAUAAAGGACUUAAAUGUGUGUUUAUAAUAAGAUGCUUUUUAGUAGAUGUGUGUGUGUUCAAGAUGUCACACAUUCCAAACUCCAUUGAGGAAACAAACAUUUUAAAAUGUACUUUGUUAAAAAUAACUCAGCACUGAAUAACAUAUUGAUUACAAAUAUCUGAAGCGUUUCAAUGGAUGUUUAGGUUAAUGAGUUUUCAGUUAACAGUUUAGGCUACUUGUCACAAACACAUGGUUUAGCACAAAUUCAACUGUAAUUCUGCUGUAACGUGUUGGUUGAAGUCUACUGGUUUCCAU